AUGUAUCAACGUAUCAUACCAGCACGAAUACUAACAUCUGUUGGUAUUGGUUUACUAAUAUUUAGUCUUGUAUUUGGAUGGGUUGCCUUUUCAGUACCUGAUUGGCUUCAAUUUUAUGAACAUGAUGGAAUAAAAAAUGCCAAUUCAACAAGUGAAAGUUUAAAGAUGUUCAAGAAAUUUGGUCUCUGGUAUAAAUGUGUAUUUUCAAUCGAUGCAAAUGAUUUUAUUUGUUUAUUAUGGAAUAAAGAUACACCAAGUUUUGUACGUGUUGCUCAAGUACUUGUUCCAUGUGGUUUAUCAUUAGGUUGUCUAUCACUUUUAACAGCUUGUAUUGGUUUUAUGUGUCGACGAGCUUUUGUUACUACUUUACUUUUCGCAGCAUUAUUUGCAUUUUUAAAUUUUCUAUUUAUCACAAUUGGUGUAACUGUAUUUGCAAAUGAAUCAUUAGUUUAUGUUGAACGUUUACGAUUAUCCAGCAAUGAUAAUCCUCGUCGUUGGGGCAUGUGGUUAUUAGUGCCAAAUCUUGUAUUAGCUUUAAUAACUUCUGUAUGUUUUUCUGUCGCAUCCAUGCUUAGUUGGUGUGAUUAUCGAAAUAAUAUGCGUGUACAUGGAAUGUUUAGUCAUAGUGGUGAUAAAUUUAAUGGAAGUGUUUGUAAAAUGCCACCAUCUGACGGCAAUACAACAACAGCUGUAAAACAACCAUUUCAUUAUCAAGAUUAUCCACAUGCUUGUUAUCAAAUUCAUGGUUUAAAUAAUUCUCAACAAAAUCCAAUGGCAUAUCCACCUCCACCAACUUAUGGUGGUGUUAUGAAUCCAGGAUAUCAACCAACACCAUCUGGUUUUUAUGGAUAUUCAAGACCGGGUACUCCAACAAUGUAUCCACAUUCAAAUUUUGAUCCUUAUUAUCCCCGACAUUAUAUGACUGAAAAUACAGAAAUGGAUGAACUUCCAUAUACAACUCGUUCUUCACAUCAUCGUUCUCGUUCAUAUUCUCGUUCUCAUCGUCAUUCAAAUCAUCGUUCACGAUCAUGUAGUCCACGUGAUAGUAUAAUGUCUCCUGAUAAUACUCAAAAACCAACUCAAUUUAUUCCUAUACCAGUUCCUUAUUAUCAACCUCAACCUCAACCUCAAUCUCAACCACAACCUCAACCAUCGGCAGCAUCACAACCAAAAGCAUCGUCAACACCAAAUGCACAAUCAAAUAAUCCUACACAACCAAUGUCAUAUAUAAUGCCACAAACACAACAAUUUAGAGAUGAAAAUAUUCAAGCAGCUAUGAAAUCAGCUAAUAUAUUAAACUACAAUAUGGGACAACCAUCUGCCAUGGUUCAAAAUUCUAAUCAUCCCGUAUAUACAAUAGCUUAUCGACCAAAUACUGGUGGUAAUAUACUCGGAUCAAAUAUUCUCAGUGGACCAGCAGCUACAACUUAUGUAACAGCAUCACGAAAUCAAGUCGGCGAUAUUAGUUCAUUUAAUAGUGAUUCAGAUAUGGAAGAUCGAGAUGAUCAAGCUAUUUCAAAACGAAAAAAUAUUAAAAAGAUUAAUAUCAAUGAAACAUGGGCAUGGCGCAAAAUGCGAUAA